AGGAAAAGUAGCCCAUACAUAUUUGGUUACUUUGAGCAGCCAGGCCAGCAGCGGUAGACGGUAGUAGAGUCGUCGAUCGAAAUCGAAAUUCAAGUGAAAUCCAAGAGUGAUGGGUCGCCAAUCCCUAGCCAAGCUGAUCGGUUCGAUCGCAUCACGCAAGCCUCCGUCUGUCAUUCAGCGCCGUCACUACGCCUCCAGUCCUCCUCCGCCGCCGGCUGUUUUCGUCGACAAAAACACCCGCGUCAUUUGCCAGGGAAUCACCGGCAAGAACGGCAGUUUCCACAGCGAACAGGCCAUCGAAUAUGGCACUAAAAUGGUGGGUGGUGUUACUCCAAAGAAGGGCGGGACCGAGCAUCUGGGACUUCCCGUCUUCAAUUCAGUCGCCGAAGCAAAGGCUGAAACAAAGGCGAACGCCUCUGUAAUCUAUGUUCCUCCACCAUUUGCUGCUGCUGCGAUUAUGGAAGCAAUGGAAGCUGAGCUCGAUCUUGUUGUUUGCAUCACUGAGGGUAUCCCACAACAUGAUAUGGUACGUGUGAAGGCUGCACUCAACAGCCAAUCUAAAACUCGACUCAUUGGACCAAAUUGCCCUGGAAUUAUCAAGCCCGGUGAAUGCAAAAUUGGGAUUAUGCCCGGCUACAUCCAUAAACCUGGUCGUGUGGGAAUUGUUUCUCGGUCUGGUACCUUGACCUAUGAAGCGGUUUUCCAAACAACUGCUGUUGGCCUUGGGCAGUCCACUUGUGUUGGUAUUGGGGGUGAUCCUUUCAAUGGGACAAACUUUGUUGAUUGCAUGGAAAAAUUCUUGGCAGAUCCUCAGACAGAAGGUAUCGUUCUUAUAGGAGAGAUUGGUGGGACUGCAGAAGAGGAUGCCGCUACACUGAUAAAGGAAAGUGGAACUGAGAAGCCAAUUGUUGCAUUCAUUGCUGGACUAACUGCUCCCCCUGGUCGGCGUAUGGGUCAUGCUGGAGCUAUUGUAUCGGGAGGAAAGGGUACCGCACAAGAUAAAAUCAAAACUCUUAGGGAAGCUGGGGUCACGGUGGUGGAGUCUCCUGCGAAAAUUGGGGUGGCCAUGUUUGAUGUGUUCAAGCAGAGGGGACUAGUGAACUAGUUUGGGAGUAGUAGCACUUUCGGAAUCACCUAAAACAUGUUAUGGGGGCAAAUUGUCCAAACAGCAUAAAUAUGUCAAAAUUUUACACUGAUCAACUGUGGUGGGGCGUUUAAAUGCGCUUGGUUUUUCAACCCGUUUUUCCGCCAAUUGUGGUGUUUUAUAAUGAAUCAGAUGAUGUUGAGAGUUUAACUUUUGAUGCGUGAAAUGUUGUGCUUACAAGGAAUGCUGGUAUGCAGGGAAAUAAUUUUGGAAUAUACAGCCAACGGGCAACAUCAAUGUUCUCUGUC